AUGCAGCUAGCCUUCGCCGCCGGCCUCACCCUGGCCUGCUGCCUCGAUGUUGUUCGGGCCAACACCGAAAAGGUCAUCUUUCUCGGGCCCGAGACGGUUAAUGUUCCGGCCACACCACCAACAAUCCAAGACCUUCGUUUAGACAUCCUCACGCCCGAUGAGUGGUCCAAACGGCAACCCACUGCUUUCGCGCUCGACGUAUUUGAGCUGCCCGCCGUGUGGGAUACUCCGGAGCUCAUCUCAUCAUUGGCAACUUACGCAUUCUCCCGUCAGUCUAAUCAGGACGAUGCCGACGCGCACCAAGCCUUGCAAAGCAGAGGACGGGAGCAUGAGAGUUCGCUGCUGUUUCUUCGGGUUUCGGCCUCGGCGGAUUAUUUCACAGACAACGACACACUCAUGACCAAAGUCGAGCCCGUCAGCGUUGACCUGAUCCUUGACCCGUUCUUGUUCAAUGUUUUGCCACGAUCCUUGGUGCCUACCGUCGCUUACAUCGUACUCGUGGCGCUUUCAGCUUGGUUCCUAUCUAAACGCAUUCUCGCUUGGAUUCAACCGGUGCUCGCCGCUGAAGGCCGGUCCACAGAAAAGAAGAAGAGGCUCUGA